AUGAGCGUUAACUCGCUUAUAAAAUCCCCACCCCAUUCACCCGCUUUCCAUCACACCGCCCCAUUCUCCCGCUUUCCAUCACCCCGCCCCAUUCUCCAGCUUUCCAUCACCCCGCCCCAUUCUCCCAUCACCCCGCCCCAUUCUCCCGCUUUCCAUCACCACGCCCCAUUCUCCCGCUUUCCAUCACCCCGCCCCAUUCUCCCGCUUUCCAUCACUCCGCCCCAUUCUCCCGCUUUCCAUCACCCCGCCCCAUUCUCCUGCUUUCCAUCACCCCGCCCCAUUCUUCUCCUUCCAUCACCCCGCCUCAUUCUACCUCCUUCCAUCACCCCGCCCCAUUCUCCUGCUUUCCAUCACCCCGCCCCAUUCUCCCGCUUUCCAUCACCCCGCCCCAUUCUCCCGCUUUCCAUCACCACGCCCCAUUCUCCCGCUUUCCAUCACCCCGCCCCAUUCUCCCGCUUUUCAUCACCCCGCUCCAUUCUCCCGCUUUCCAUCACCCCGCCCCAUUCUCCCGCUUUCCAUCACCCCGUCCCAUUCUUUCUCCUUCCAUCACCCCGCCCCAUUCUCCCGCUUUCCAUCACCCUGCCCCAUGCUCCCGCUUUCCAUCACCCCGCCCCAUUCUCCCAUCACCCCGCCCCAUUCUCCUGCUUUCCAUCACCACGCCCCAUUCUCCCGCUUUCCAUCACCCCGCCCCAUUCUCCCGCUUUCCAUCACUCCGCCCCAUUCUCCCGCUUUCCAUCACCCCGCCCCAUUCUCCUGCUUUCCAUCACCCCACCCCAUUCUUCUCCUUCCAUCACCCCGCCUCAUUCUACCUCCUUCCAUCACCCUGCCCCAUUCUCCUGCUUUCCAUCACCCCGCCCCAUUCUCCCGCUUUCCAUCACCCCGCCCCAUUCUCCCGCUUUCCAUCACCACGCCCCAUUCUCCCGCUUUCCAUCACCCCGCCCCAUUCUCCCGCUUUUUAUCACCCCGCUCCAUUCUCCCGCUUUCCAUCACCCCGCCCCAUUCUCCCGCUUUCCAUCACCCCGCCCCAUUCUCCCUCCUUCCAUCAUCCCGCCCCAUUCUCCCGCUUUCCAUCACCCUGCCCCAUGCUCCCGCUUUCCAUCACCCCGCCCCAUUCUCCCAUCACCCCGCCCCAUUCUCUCGCUUUCCAUCACCACGCCCCAUUCUCCCGCUUUCCAUCACCCCGCCCCAUUCUCCCGCUUUCCAUCACUCCGCCGCAUUCUCCCGCUUUCCAUCACCCCGCCCCAUUCUCCCGCUUUCCAUCACCCCGCCCCAUUCUUCUCCUUCCAUCACCACGCCUCAUUCUACCGCCUUCCAUCACCCCGCCCCAUUCUCCCGCUUUCCAUCACCCCGCCCCAUUCUCCCGCUUUCCAUCACCCUGCCCCAUUCUCCCGCUUUCCAUCACCACGCCCCAUUCUCCCGCUUUCCAUCACCCCGCCCCAUUCUCCCUCCUUCCAUCACCCUGCCCCAUUCUCCCGCUUUUCGUCACCCCGCCCCAUUCUCCCGCUUUCCAUCACCUCGCCCCAUUCUUCUGCUUUCCAUCAACCCGCCCCAUUCUCCCGCUUUCAAUCACCCCGCCCCAUUCACCCGCAUUCCAUAACCCGCCCCAUUCUCCCGCUUUCCAUCACCCCGCCCCGUUCUCCCGCUUUCCAUCACCCCGCCCCAUCCUCCCGCUUUUCAUCACCCCGCCCCAUUCUCCCGCUUUCCAACACCCCGCCCUGUUCUCCCGCUUUCCAUCACCCCGCCCCAUUCUCCCGCUUUCCAUCACCCCGCCCCAUUCUCCAGCUUUCCAUCACUCCGCCCCAUUCUCCCGCUUUCCAUCAUCCCGCCCCAUCCUCCCACUUUCCAUCAACCCGCCCCAUUCUCCCUCCUGCCAUCACCCCGCCUCAUUCUCCCUCCUUCCAUCACCCCGCCCCAUUCUCCCGCUUUCCAUCACCCCGCCCCAUUCUCCUGCUUUCCAUCACCCAGCCCCAUUCUCGCGCUUUCCAUCACCCCGCCCCAUUUUCCCGCUUUCCAUCACCCCGCCCCAUUCUCCCGCUUUCCAUCACCCUGCCCGAAUCUCCUUCUUUCCAUCACCCCGCCCCAUUCUCCCUCCUUCCAUCACCCCGCCCCAUUCUCCCGCUUUCCAUCACCCCGCCCCAUUCUCCUGUUUUCCAUAACCCCGCCCCAUUCUCCCUCCUUUCAUCACCCGCCCCAUUCUCCCUCCUUCCAUCACCCCGCCCCAUUCUCCCUCCUUCCAUCACCGCGCCCCAUUCUCCAACUUUCCAUCGGCCCGCCCCAUUCUCCCGCUCUCCAUCACCCCGCCCCAUUCUCCCGCUUUCUAUCACCCCGCCCCAUUCUCCCGCUUUCCAUCACCCUGCCCCAUUCUCCCGCCUUCCAUCAGCCCACCCCAUUCUCCCGCUUUCCAUCACCCCGCCCCAUUCUCCCGCUUUCCAUCACCCUGCCCCAUUCUCCCUCCUUCCAUCACCCCGCCUCAUUCUACCUCCUUCCAUCACCCCGCCCCAUUCUCCUGCUUUCGAUCACCUCGCCCCAUUCUCCCGCUUUCCAUCACCCCGCCCCAUUCUUCUUCUUUCCAUCACCCCGCCCCAUUCUCCCGCUUUCCAUCACCCCGCCCCAUUCACCCGCUUUCCAUCACCCGCCCCAUUCUCCCGCUUUCCAUCACCCCACCCCAUUCUCCCGCUUUCCAUCACCCCGCCCCAUUCUCCCGCUUUUCAUCACCCCGCCCCAUUCUCCCGCUUUCCAACACCCCGCCCCAUUCUCCCGCUUUCCAUCACCGCGCCCCAUUCUCCCGCUUUCCAUCACCCCGCCCCAUUCUCCCGCUUUCCAUCACUCCGCCCCAUUCUCCCGCUUUCCAUCACCCCGCCCCAUUCUCCCGCUUUCCAUCACCCCGCCCCAUUCUCCCGAUUUCCAUCACCCCGCCCCAUUCACCCGCUUUCCAUCACCCCGCCCCAUUCUCCCGCUUUCCAUCACCCUGCCCCAUUCUCCCGCUUUCCAUCACCCUGCCUCAUUCUCCCGCUUCCCAUCAUCCCGCGCAAUUCCCCCGCUUUCCAUCACCUCUCCCUCCUUCCAUCACCCCGCCCCAUUCUCCCGCUUUCUAUCACCCGUCCCCAUUCUCCCUCCUUCCAUCACCCCGCCCCAUUCUCCCGCUUUCCAUCACCACGCCCCAGUCUCUCGCUUUCCAUCACCUCGCCCCAUUCUCCCGCUUUUUAUCACCCCGCCCCAUUCUCCUGCUUUCCAUCACCCUGCCCGAUUCUCCCUCCUUCCAUCACCCCACACCAUUCUCCCGCUUUCCAUCACCCCGCCCCAUUCUCCUGCUUUCCAUCACCCCUCCCCAUUCUCCCGCUUUCCAUCACCCCGCCCCAUUCUCCCGCUUUCCAUCACCCUGCCCCAUUCUCCCGCUUUCCCUCGCCCUGCCUCAUUCUCCAGCUUUCCAUCACCGCGCCCCAUUCUCCCGCUUCCCAUCAACCCGCCCCAUUCUCCCGCUUUCUAUCACCCGUCCCCAUUCUCCCUCCUUCCAUCACCCCGCCCCAUUCUCCCGCUUUCCAUCACCCCGCCCCAUUCUCCCGCUUUCCAUCACCUCGCCCCAUUCUCCCGCUUUUUAUCACCCCGCCCCAUUCUCCAGCUUUCCAUCGCCCCGCCCCAUUCUCCCUCUUUCCAUUACCCCGCCUCAUUCUCCUGCUUUCCAUCACCCCGCACCAUUCUCCCCCUUUCCAUCACCCCGCCCCAUUCUCCCGCUUUCUAUCACCCCACCCCAUUCUCCCGCUUUCCAUCACCCCGCCCCAUUCUCCCUCUUUCCAUCACCUCGCCCCAUUCUCCCGCCUUUCAUCACCCCGCCCUAUUCUCCCGCUUUCCAUCACCCUGCCCAAUUCUCCCACUUUCCAUCACCCCGCCCCAUUCUCGCCUUCCAUCACCCCGCCCCAUUCUCCCUCUUUCCAUCACCCCGCCCCAUUCUCACGCUUUCCAUCACCCCGCCCCAUUCUCCCUCUUUCCAUCACCCUGCCCCAUUCUCCCUCUAUCCAUCACCCCGCCCAAUUCUCCAACUUUCCAUUCCCCCAUCUUAUUCUCCCGUUUUCCAUCACCCCGCCCCAUUCUCUCGCUUUCCAUCACCCCGCCUUAUUCUCCCGCUUUCCAUCACCCCGACCCAUUCUCCCAAUUUCCAUCACCCCGCCCCAUUCUCCCGCUUUCCAUCACCUCGCCCCAUUCUCCCGCUUUCCAUCACCCCGCCCCAUUCUCCCGCUUUCCAACACCUUGCUCCAUUCUCUCGCUUUCCAUCACCCCGCCUUAUUCUCCCGCUUUCCAUCACCCCGACCCAUUCUCCCAAUUUCCAUCACCCCGCCCCAUUCUCCCGCUUUCCAUCACCUCGCCCCAUUCUCCCGCUUUCCAUCACCCCGCCCCAUUCUCCCGCUUUCCAACACCUUGCUCCAUUCUCCCGCUUUCCAUCACCCCGCCCCAUUCUCACUCUUUCCAUCACCCCGCCCCAUUCUCCCUCUUUCCAUCACCCCGCCCCAUUCUCCCGCUUUCCAUCACCCCGCCCCAUUCUCCCGCUUUCCAUCACCCCGCCCCAUUCUCCCUCUUUCCAUCACCUCGCCCCAUUCUCCCUCUAUCCAUCACCCCGCCCCAUUCUCCCGUUUUCCAUCACCCCGCCCCAUUCUCCCUCUUUCCAUAACCCCGCACCAUUCUCCCGCUUUCCAUCACCCCGCCCCAUUCUCCCACUUUCCAUCACCCCGCCCCGUUCUCCCGCUUUCCAUCGCCCAGACCCAUUCUCCCGCUUUCCAUCACCCCGCCCCAUUCUCCCGCUUUCCAUCACCCGCCCCAUUCUCCCUCCUUCCAUCACCCCGCCCCAUUCUCCCUCUUUCCAUCACCCCGCCCCAUUCUACCGCUUUCCAUCAUCCCGCUCCAUUGUCCCGCUUUCCAUCACCACGCCCAAUUCUCCCUCUAUCCAUCACCCCUCCCCAUUCUCCCUUUUUCCAUAACCCCGCCCCAUUCUCCCGCUUUCCAUCACCCCGCCCCAUUCUACCGCUUUCCAUCACCCCGCCCCAUUCUCCCUCUUUCCAUCACCCCGCCCCAUUCUCCCUCUUUCCAUCACCCCGCCCCAUUCUCCCUCUAUCCAUCACCCCGCCCAAUUCUCCCACUUUCCAUCACCCCGUCCCAUUCUCCCGUUUUCCAUCACCCCGCCCUAUUCUCUCGCUUUCCAUCACCCCGCCUUAUUCUCCCGCUUUCCAUCACCCCGCCCCAUUCUCCCGAUUUCCAUCACCCCGCCCCAUUCUCCCGCUUUCCAUCACCUCGCGCCAUUCUCCCGCUUUCCAUCACCCCGCCCCAUUCUCCUGCUUUCCAACACCUCGCCCCAUUCUCCCGCUUUCCAUCACCCCCCCCCAUUCUCACUCGUUCCAUCACCCCGCCCCAUUCUCCCUCUUUCCAUCACCCCGCCCCAUUCUCCCGCUUUCCAUCACCCCGCCCCAUUCUCCCUCUUUCAAUAACCCCGCCCCAUUCUCCCGCUUUCCAUCACCCCGUCCCAUUCUCCCUCUUUCCAUCACCCCGCCCCGUUCUCUCGCUUUCCAUCACCCCGCCCCAUUCUCCCGCUUUCCAUCACCCCGCCCCAUUCUCCCGCUUUCCAUCACCCCGCCCCAUUCUCCCUCUUUCCAUCACCCCGCCCCAAUCCUCCACUUUCCAUCACCCCGCGCCAUUCUACCGCUUUCCAACAUCCCGCUCCAUUGUCCUGCUUUCCAUCACCCCGUCCCAUUAUCCCUCUUUCCAUCAACCCGCCCCAUUCUCCCGCUUUCCAUCACCCCGCCCCAUUCUUCCUCUUCCAUCACCCCGCCCCAUUUUCCUCUUUCCAUCACCCCGCCCCAUUCUCCCGAUUUCCGUCACCCCGCCCCAUUCUCCCUCUUUCCAUCACCCCGCCCCAUUCUCCCUCUUUCCAUAACCCCGCCCCAUUCUCCCGAUUUCCAUCCACCCGCCCCAUUCUCACGCUUUCCAUCACCCCGCCCCAUUCUCCCUCUUUCCAUCACCCGCCCCAUUCUCCCGCUUCCCAUCACCCCGCCCCAUUCUCCCUCUAUCCAUCACCCCGCCCAAUUCUCCCACUUUCCAUCACCCCGUCCCAUUCUCCCGUUUUCCAUCACCCCGCCCCAUUCUCUCGCUUUCCAUCACCCCGCCUUAUUCUCCCGCUUUCCAUCACCCCGCCCCAUUCUCCCGAUUUCCAUCACCCCGCCCCAUUCUCCCGCUUUUUAUCACCUCGCGCCAUUCUUCCGCUUUCCAUCAACCCGCCCCAUUCUCCCGCUUUCCAACACCUCGCCCCAUUCUCACGCUUUCCAUCACCCCCCCCCAUUCUCACUCUUUCCAUCACCCCGCCCCAUUCUCCCUCUUCCCAUCACCCCGCCCCAUUCUCCCGAUUUCCGUCACCCCGCCCCAUUCUCCCUCUUUCCAUCACCCCGCCCCAUUCUCCCUCUUUCCAUAACCCCGCACCAUUCUCCCGAUUUCCAUCACCCUGCCCCAUUCUCACGCUUUCCAUCACCCCGCCCCAUUCUCCCUCUUUCCAUCACCCGCCCCAUUCUCCCGCUUCCCAUCACCCCGCCCCAUUCUCCCUCUAUCCAUCACCCCGUCCAAUUCUCCCACUUUCCAUCACCCCGUCCCAUUCUCCCGUUUUCCAUCACCCCGCCCCAUUCUCUCGCUUUCCAUCACCCCGCCUUAUUCUCCCGCUUUCCAUCACCCCGCCCCAUUCUCCCGAUUUCCAUCACCUCGCCCCAUUCUCCCGCUUUCCAUCACCCCGCCCCAUUCUCCCGCUUUCCAACACCUCGCCCCAUUCUCCCGCUUUCCAUCACCCCCCCCCAUUCUCACUCUUUCCAUCACCCCGCCCCAUUCUCCCUCUUUCCAUCACCCCGCCCCAUUCUCCCUCUUUCCAUCACCCCGCCCCAUUCUCCCGCUUUCCAUCACCCCGUCCCAUUCUCCCUCUUUCAAUAA